AUGGCCGAGGAGGAGGGACAGGAAGUCAUCUUCACUGAGAACACGGCACCCGAUCGAGAGAUUUGGGAUGAGAAGGGUGGCCUCAUCAAGAAGGGUGCUGCCGAGAUUGCUGAGAGAGAUCAGGACCACGUGCCGGAGGUCAAAGUUCUGACAACCCUUGGCAUGUUUGCGGUGCCGGUCACUGCAGAAACCACGAUCGGCGAGAUUCGGCAGAAGGUGCAGGAGUGGAAACCUGAAUACUCCCUUGAGCAGAUUGAGCUCGUGUGCAAAGACAAGGACGCAUGGGGACCUCUCUUCAACAAGACGUCCCGCCCGCGUGAUGAUGAUGAGACUGUGGAGUCGCUCUGGAGUGACUGGGACAUUCCGCGCCGGAUGAUGCAGGUGGCGCUUUGGAUCAAGGAGAAGAACGAAGAGACUGGUGAGUGGGAGUCCACGUUUUGGAAGAUGCUCGAAGAAUCCAAGUGCGACGCAGCAGCCUCGGUUGAUGUGUCAUCAAGCUGA